AUGUCAUGGGAAGAAGAAAUUCUAGGUAAAUUAUCUUUACGAGAUCAAUAUGAACAAAAGGAUUCAGAAUUUAUUGGUGCCCUUACUGAAUUACGUAAUAGAUUAAUACUAUCUGAAACCAUUAAACAAGAUAACAAUAAGAAUAAUGAACAAUCUAUAAGUAAACUAAUGAGUGAGAAUCUACAACUUAAACAAGAAAACUCUUCACUUAUACUGAAUGUAAAUCAAUUGGGACAUUCUAAUGAUUCUUAUCAAUUAAAAUUAAAAGAAUUAGAAUUGAUUAAUUCAAAGCAAAAUAAAUCUUUAGAAUCUUUAAAGAAUAAAAUUAAUGAUAUGAAACAAGAAUUACAAGAAAAGAAUAAAACUAUAGAGAUAAUUAAUGAUGAGAUUUUAAGUGGUCUGAUUCAAAAUAAUGUAUUACAAAGGAAAAUAGAAGAAUUGAGUAAGGAGAAUGAUGGAUUGAUCCAAAGAUGGAUUGAAAAAGUUAAGAAAGAUGCAGAAACAAUGAAUGAAGUGAAUGAGAUGUUAGCCAAGGAGAAACAAUGA